AUGUCCCACGUCCCACCAACCGAGUCCAAUCUCAAUCCAGAAGAACCGAAAGCACCAGCCCCUGCACCUCAGUUCCAGCAAUUCCAAUCUCAAACCAAAUCGAAGAGAGACCAAGAGUUCGAAGAAGGUCUGAACCGUUUACGCAAAGAUUAUGCCACAGCUCCAAUUGAGAGAAAGUUGUUCCCGGACCAAAAAUAUAAUUUAGGUGAAGCCCACAUUGCAACAGCAUUUACAAGAAGUCUAUGUACAUAA